AUGAUGCCCUCUUCAGACCCCCUCGCCGGCCUCAACGUCUCCAUCAGCCAGGCCAGCACGACGCCGCCCACCAUCGUCGCCACGGUCAAGAACAACAACCCGCACCUCGUCACCAUUGCGCCCUACCAGUCGCCCUUUGACGGGCUCAUCCUCGAGCUGGGCAACCUGUCCAUCGUCCCCGGCGGCGCGGCGUCCGACGGCAACGACAGCGACAACAGCAGCAGCACCGCCUCCUCCAACAAGCCGCUCAGCUACCCGACCAUCGCCCUCAAGCGCGCCUGGCCGCCCCCCAGCGACAGCCUCGUGACGCUGGGCCCGGGCGAGAGCCGCACCGCCGAGAUCGUCCUCGGCCACCCGGUGCCGGUGCGCCAGCUGGGCAGCUCGGCCACCGUCAAGCUGAGCGGCCGCUGGAUGUCGGUGUGGAAGCGGCCCAAGGAGGAGAUUGGCGAUGCUGACUGGGACGACGUGUCCAACCCGGACGAGUUCUCGGGCGUGUACGAGAGCAACAGCCUGGAGAUUUUGAUUGCGUGA